AUGUCAAAUUUUCAUGACAGCAGUCUCCUGGUGUCCUUUCCUGAAUUUGGCAGACAGGAUUGCCAGAGGAAAAGCAUUGAUUGGAGGGUGGGGGACAAAAGCACUAGUGUGACCUGGCAAAGGCCCAAGAGAAAAUCUGAAGGGGAUGCUAGAGAUAAAGCCAAGGUGAAGGACAAACCACAGAGAUCUGCAAGGUUAUCUGCUAAACCUGUUCCUCCAAAGCCAGAGUCCAAGCCUAAAAAGGCCCCUGCAAAAAAUAGAGAGAAGGUACCCAAAGGGAAAAAAGGGAAAGCUGAUAUUGGUAAGGAUCGGAAUAACCCUGCAGAAAAUGGAGAUGCCAAAACAGACCAGGCACAGAAAGCUAAAGGUGCUGGAGAUACCAAGUAA